UUCCUCCCUCCAUUAAGCACGACUGCAACAAACACUCUCUUCUCUCUCUUCGCAGACGAGCACGACUCUCCAACCUCGCAGUCGGCGAUGUCCUCGCCGCCUUAAACUCUCUUUCGAAAGGAGGAGGAAAGCCAUGUCUUCCCGAUUUGCUCCUCUCUCUUUUCCCCAUCUGCGCCUCCGCCUCCGCCUCCCACCGCCUUCCCCUCGUCGGCGCCAACCACACCUCCGCUCGCUUCUGCUCUCGCUAGUCCCCAUCUCCCUCCCUCCCUCUCUCUCUCUCUCUCUCUCUCUCUCAUUCUCACUGACUUUUUCCUUCCUUUUGUAUAUGAACACACACCCACAUACAUGAAUACCCAGAUGGAAUCCGGCAAACCCAACUCCGUCAGGAGCGUUCUCGUGCGGGCCCUCGUCGUCGGCGUCCUCCUCCUCCUCGUCCGCUUCGCCUACGUCGUCACCAUCGCCGGCGAGUCCUGCAAGCUCAGCGACUUCUGCUUCCUCUCCCCGCCGGAGAAUCUCGACCUCGUCGUCUCCGGCGCAACCGCCGCCGCCGCCAACGCUGUCCGAUCCACCGUCCCGAGCCCCCCGCGCCGCGGCGAAGGGAAGGACUGGAUCGAGGCCGUCCGGUUCUACGGCUCCGUGUUCCGGGAUUUGGUGUCGGAGGGGUUCCUGUCGCGGGCCUCCAGGGCCCUGUGCAUCGAGUCGGGGAGCGGGCAGGACGUGUUCGCUCUGAAGGAGAUUGGUGUGGCGGACUCGGUCGGUGUCUCGAAGAAGGCCUCGCGGCCUCUGGUUAUCUCGGGCCGGCCGCAUCGCCUGCCGUUCGGCGACGAGACCUUCGAUUUCGUGUUCUCCGGAGGGGGGCGCUUCGACAAGCUGCCGCGGCCGCUGGACGCCGCCGCCGAGAUCGCGCGGACGUUGAAGCCAGAAGGGUUUGCGGUUUUCCAUGUGAGGGCUAACGAUACGUACAGUUUCGAUUCCUUCAUUGAUUUGUUCAAUUGUUGCCAGCCAGUGAGAUCGCGUGAUUUUGCCGGUCUCAAUACUUCGUUUCCUAAGAUACGUGAGAUUGUUCUGAAGAAAGUUAGCGAUUUUAGCAUUCUUAGCCACUCGGUGAAGAAUUCCGGUGGUGAUUCGGAGAAUUCGUGCUUCGUCUCUGAGAGUAAGCGGAAAUUGGUCCGGGAUGCGGAGCCAUUGAUUGUGGACGAGCCAUUGAAACCAUGGAUUACGCUGAAGAGGAAUAUAAAGAAUGUAAAGUAUCUGCCAUCUAUGGUUGAUAUCAAUUUCAAGAAUAGGUAUGUUUAUGUAGAUGUCGGAGCUCGGAGCUACGGCUCUAGUAUAGUUAGUUGGUUUAGAAAACAAUACCCGAAGCAGAACAAGACCUUUGAAGUGUAUGCAAUCGAGGCCGAUGAGCAUUUUCAUGAGGAAUACAAGUCGAAAAAGCGUGUCACUUUGCUGCCUUAUGCUGCGUGGGUGAAGAACGAGACUCUGUCCUUCGAAAUAUACCGAGACCCAGGUCAGAAAUCCGAGGACAAAGGUAGAGGGAUGGGCAGGAUUCAGCCGGUUCAGUCCUCGAGUGAUGGAGAGGUGGCUAAGAUCGAGGGAUUCGAUUUCGCGGAAUGGUUGAAGAACACGGUUUCAGAGAAGGAUUUCGUCGUGAUGAAGAUGGAUGUGGAGGGAACUGAGUUCGAUUUGAUUCCCAGGCUGUUCGAGACCGGGGCUAUCUGUUUGAUCGAUGAACUGUUUCUCGAGUGCCAUUACAACAGAUGGCAGAGAUGUUGUCCCGGCGAGAGAACCUCCAAGUACGAGAAAACAUAUGGGCAAUGCUUGGACCUUUUCACAUCCCUCAGACAGAGUGGAGUGCUUGUUCAUCAAUGGUGGUAGUAACUCUUGGGAAAUAAGCAAACAUUAUUGCCAGUGCUCACCAUAUGUUUCCUUCUGAUGCUGUGAUUCUCCUCUUACAGUUGCAUUUACUGUACUGCUUCAGUUUAGGCUUUUCUCCUGGUUAUCCAUUGUAUGAAGUGCUCUAGUGAAAUACCCGGAAUGAAACACAACGGAUGGACGGUUUCUCUCGCAAUUGAAUUGAAAGUGCACUUGUUCUGUUCA